AUGGAGCGCGUGGACCUGCGAGCCGUGAACCAUGGAGGGAGGCGAGGACCGCAGAGGGCAGACACUAACACGUCUCGCCUCAACACCACACCUCCCUGCCAAGCCAACGCGAGGCGGCGAGGGCAUGGGCGCCUCACCCGGCAUCUCACCGUCGUGUCGGCCAAUGUCAGGGGAAUGCCCACAAAUGUUGGCGACCUCACCCACAAUUUUGUCCUGCGCCAUCGAGCCGACGUUGUUGCUGUGACGGAAACGUGGCUCACUGAGGAGGUGGAGCCAACGUUUGGCAGAAUCCCGGGUUAUUCCCACUGGCAGCUGGGACCAGUGGGCAGCUCUGACCACUAUGCCGUACUGACUCGGGUUGAGCUGACCACAGAAAGGGAAGACGCAGUCCCGCGCACCAUCUGGCUUUGGGAGAGGGCCGAUUGGCCGUCAACGAGACACGCCGUGGAGGACACGGACUGGGAGACCCUGUUGGUUGGGGACGCCGAGGCCAAGGCACGGGCUCUCAUCACCAAGCUCCUUGCCCUCCAGCAACAAUAUGUCCCCAGCAGGAUGUACCUCGCCAGCCCGAGUGACCCCGCUUGGUUCGGUUUCCGUUGCCGGGUUGCUGCCGAGGCCGAGCAUGCCGCCUGGGAGAGGCCUGACGGUUCCACGGCCACAAGCAGUGGAGACAAACCCUCGCUCCUGGCUGAACUAUUCGCCAAGAAAAUGAAGGUGUCCGGGACGACCCGCACCUGUGCUGCCCCAAGAAACCGACCGUGUUGUCUCUCUCCUAAAGCCAAAGCCUCGCAGAAACGCAAAGCCCCAAAGUAUGACCACACGCUGCACGGGGACCAGCACGAGUUAUUGCCGUACUUCCAGGACCACCACAACGCGUCCAACAUCACGGCCCAGCUCGGCUCCACGGCCUACCUCAACUGCCGCGUCAACAGGCUGAGAGACAAGACGGUGUCAUGGGUGCGGCGCGAAGGAGAAGAGAUCAAGCUGCUCACCUGGGGCCUGCACACCUACAGUAACGACGCCAGGUACUCUCUGAACUUCGAGCACCCGAACAACUGGAAGCUGCAGAUCAAAUACACACAGCGGCGGGACGCGGGCUCCUACGAGUGUCAGGUCUCCACACAUCCGCCCAAGGUGCUGGCCAUCAACCUCAACAUUGUGGCCCCAGUGGUGGACAUUAUCGACGAGCGGGGCUCCUCCGUGAGCGAGAAAUUCUACAAGACGGGCAGCACCAUCGAGCUCAAGUGUACGAUCAGCCAGAUGCCGCAGGCCCAGACCUUCAUCCUGUGGCGGCACGGGGACCACAUGCUGAACUACGACACCUCCAGGGGCGGCAUCAGUGUCAAGACAGACAUGAGCAGCUCCGUCAUCGUGUCCACGCUCUUCAUCGCCAACGCCUCCCCUAAGGACUCCGGGAACUACACUUGCUCCCUCGGCGACGUGGCCACAGGCAGCGUCCUCGUCCACGUCCUCAACGGCGAGCACCCUCAGGCCAUGCACGGCUCCAGCAGGAAGGAUCUUUGCUCGCUGACGCUGGUGUUCGUCCUCUCCUCCCUCACCACGCUCAUCAACCUCCUCAGAUGAUCUCCUGGGUCAGUCGAGGUCACCAGCCAGGGGUCAGCGUAGAGGGUCAACUGUAAGGAUUUGGAUGGUUAAAUGUUUGAUGGCGUGACCUAAUGUAACCUGGCUCGAUCGUCCUGCUCCCGAAGAUGA